AUGAUGCAGUCUGAUUUCAGGUGGCUCGGGCACCUGGAGUCCACGCGCUUCUUACUGAGACACAACGCGGAUCCGACGCACAGCAACACACAGGGAUGGACAGUUUUGCAGGAGGCAGUGAGCACUGGAGACCCUGAGCUUGUGCAGCUGGUCCUUCAGUACAGAGACUUCAGAAGAGCCACAGAGAGACUGGCUGGUAUUCCUGAGCUACUGAGCAAACUGAGACAGGCACACGAUUUCUACGUGGAGAUGAAAUGGGAAUUUACUAGCUGGGUUCCUCUAGUGUCAAAAGUUUGUCCGAGCGACGUGUAUCGUGUAUGGAAAAGCGGUUCGUGUUUGAGAGUCGACACCACUUUAUUGGGCUUUGAGCACAUGACUUGGCUUAAGGGCCGACGCAGCUACAUCUUUAAAGGUGGAGAGAGCGGGGCCAUGGUGAUGGAGGUAGACCACGAGAAGCAGGUGGUGUAUACAGAACCGCUGUCUCUGUCUCCGCGGGACGCUCCCUCUCUGCUCGCCGCCAUGCUGCCCUCGCAGGAGAACACGGCCCAGAGACUCACCUCUCCUAUAGUGUCCACUCAUCUCAACACACGCAACAUUGCCUUUGAGAGAAAUAAGUCUGGGAUUUGGGGAUGGCGCUCCGAGAAGACGGAGUUUGUCAGUGGAUAUGAAGCAAAGGUUUACAGUGCCAGUAAUGUGGAGUUAGUGACACGUUCUCGGACUGAGCACCUUUCUGACCAGGACAAAUCUAGGAGUAAAGGAUCUAGAACUCCUCUUCAGUCGUUCCUUGGUAUUGCUGAGCAGCACAUCUCUAGUACUGGGAGUCAGGUUUCUCAGUGCGCUAGUCCCCAUAACCCAACAGCCAUCACAGCGGAGGAGUACUUCGAUGCAGAGUUUAAUCUGAACGGCAGAGAUAUCGGGCGGCCCAAUGAGCUCUCCAGCAAAGUGCAGAGGUUUAAGGCCACACUGUGGCUGAGUGAAGCUCAUCCACUCUCGCUGGCUGAGCAGGUGACGCCCAUCAUUGACCUCAUGGCCAUAUCGAACGCCCACUUUGCCAAGCUGCGUGACUUCAUAACCCUACGCCUACCACCUGGCUUUCCUGUAAAGAUAGAAAUUCCUCUCUUCCACGUGUUGAAUGCUCGAGUGACAUUCAGCAAUCUCUGUGGCUGCGAUGAACCGGUCAGUUCUGUUACUGUACAAUCUCCUCAAGGAGCCACAGAGGCCGGUCAGGCACCUCCCCCUCUGCAGUGUGAAGUGGACCCGUCUGUGUUUGAGCCUCCCCCAGAAUACACCACACUUGGACCAGGCCGCAGUGAACCGAUGAGGGAUGAGGAUGAUAAUUUACUCCAGUUCGCCAUUCAACAGAGCCUGCUGGAUGCGGGAACAGAGAGUGACCAGGUGACCAUAUGGGAGGCUCUCACUAACACUCGUCCAGUUUCUCAGCCUCCGCUUUAUGAGGAGGACUCUCAGAUUGAGAGGGCGAUUCAGGAAUCUCUGUCUUUGUCGCUGGCUGGAGAGGAGAGUGGCGAGUCCGAUGCUGGCCAGCCGUUAUCCCUGUCUGAUCCGGCCCUCAUCUCACCUCCGUCUUACAGCUCACUGACCGAGCCUCGGGCGCCGGGAGCGUUUGCUGUGGCCACCAGUUUUGAUGAACAGCUACGCAUUGCGAUGGAGCUUUCCUGCAGAGAACAGGAGGAGUUAGACAGAAAGAGGAGGGAAGAGGAGGAAGAGCUGGAGAGGAUACUACAGCUGUCUCUCACAGAGAAAUUCAUCGCUCUUUAUUUCUUUUCCAAAAUAAUAAAGAUGGAACAGAAAGAGGAAUCGGAGAGAGAGUGUGUGUGCCAAGACUGAAACAAUUCAUAAGAUAAUCAAAGAGCACGGCAUGAAAAUGUGAAUGAUAUCCUCUCAGUUCCACUGUCUUUUGAGUGAUAAAAGGUCACCUUCAACUUCAUUGUAUAAUGAUACAGAUGAAAAUGUGAAUAUGAACAUUGAUGACUAUGAUAAUUCAUAAAGGUAAAGUACUGAAAAUACUAUUGCAUAAAAUAAUGAGUAUACUUAUGGUGGAUGACAAUAACAUGAAAGUAUAAGUAUUAAAUGUUGCUCAAACACUUUCACUACAAUGAUCUCUGUUAUGACGUUUUUGUGUGCAUGGGGAAGCGACCAUCUGAGAUAGACAACAGGCAAAGAAACUGACCGUAACACCUAAACUGUAUUAGUAUCAC